GCUGGGACCUCACCCAGCUGAGCAUCCUACAUUCCAACUCACUUCAUAGCUCACUCACCACAGCACCCCUGGUGAAAGGACCAUGCAAGAAAGGCUGCCGUUCUGCGCGAUCAGGCCGAGAAGAGGUAACGAAGCCAAUCAGACAACGAAAAUGGCCGUGCUUCUACUAUUGUCAACGCUGCUCAUUUCCUAUGGAGUUGGCACCAUCGAAUGCUCCACGGUCCCUGGUAACAGCACGGACAUGCUCUCGUUGCUAGAUUCCAAAUGGGCCAUCACCAAUGAUCCGAGGCAAGCAUUGAGCUCUUGGAACGCCAGCAUCCCCCAUUGCCAAUGGGAGGGCGUCAACUGCAGCCUGACGCAGAAAGGGCGUGUCACGGUGCUCAAUCUCACCUGCCAAAAUUUGGAAGGCCAGAUUGCUCCUUCUCUUGAAAAUUUAACCUUCCUUAGAAGUCUCGACCUCCGUUCAAAUGGCUUCUUUGGCCAGUUACCCACUCUUAACCGCCUACAUAAGCUGCAGGACCUUAUUCUGGGCAAUAACAUGUUGCAGGGGUUCAACCCUGACGCAAUUGCAAACUGCUCCAGCCUCCACUAUCUAGACCUUUCUGCAAACUCCCUGAAGGGUUCGCUCCCCACAAAUAUUGGUAUCCUCUCCAGCCUUCUGUAUUUGAAAAAAAGGGCAACCUGCCAAGGCUCCCCUUCUAGCCUUCUGUAUUUGAACCUUGAAGAAAAUAAUUUCUUUGGCAUCAUCCCGUCAAGCCUGCACAAUAUAACAAAUAUAAGGGAAAUUGAUCUAUCAGGUAAUCAGUUUGAAGGGAGCAUUCCGGGACAGCUUGGGCAGUUACCGAGUAUGUCUCAGUUGUAUCUAGGGGGGAAUAGGCUAUGGUAGAAUCCCAACAACAAUUUUAAACAAUUCUGCUCUAGUAGCUCUUGACUUCAAUUCAAAUUUUCUACGCAUGGAGUUGCCAUCUAACAUUGGCAAUACUCUUUCUAAACUUAUGGCAUUAUCCUUGUCCAAUAACAUGUUUCAAGGCCGAAUCCCAGACUCCCUAGGUAACAUUCUACGACUCGAGCUGAUAGAUUUCUCAUCCAACAAUUUCAAUAAUCAAGUACCUAGUUCCUUGGGGAGGCUUAUUAACCUGAACUAUUUAGGACUUGCGGAGAACAAGCUGGAAGAGAAUGACAACAAAAGUUGGGGAUUCUUAGAUGCGUUGAGCAAUUGCAGUUAUCUGGAAGUGCUCUCCUUACAAAGCAAUCAGCUGAAAGGAUCCAUACCCAAAUCAGUUGGAAAGUUGUCACCAUGCCUUGCAUAUCUAUCGUUAGAAAGAAAUUACUUGUCUGGGACAGUUCCAGACAGUAUAGGGAACCUUACUGGUUUAACUCAGUUAUCAUUAGCUCAAAACAAUCUCUCCGGUCCAAUUGGAGCAUGGAUUGAAAAAUUCAAGAACCUAGGAGUGUUAGCUCUCGCAGAGAAUAACUUUGCUGGGCCGAUUCCAUCCUCCAUUGGCAGGCUUACAAAGUUGACAAAGCUCUUCCUGAGUCGUAAUAUAUUUGAAGGUCCCAUACCACCCAGUUUAGGAAACCUUCCAUUUCUGUCAAGAUUGGAUCUUAGUGAGAACAACCUAAACGGGUAUAUUCCUUAAGGGCCCUUUUUAGGGACAUAUCCGUUAAGUGUUGGUAUGGUAAUAGAAUAACCAUCGGUGAGACAAUCCGGAAAAAAAGGAUCUGCCCCCGUGUCGUCCCCCAGCAAGGCGACUCUGGCAUCUGCUUCCCCGGCGGGCGGCCCUCCAUGCUCCGCUCCUCGUCCUCACCGCCACGAGUGGCGACGACGGGGCAACUCGGUCGGUCUCCUCUCCAUGGUGGUUGUUGGCACACUGAUGACGAUUGAUGGCGGAGAUAGGGCGCCGGGGCGGCGGCCCCUCUUCGAGGUGAUGGCGACUGCGACGGUCGUUUGGGUGGCAUCGUGGCUGGGCUUGUAGGAUACACGCGGUCCCGCCAUAGCGGCAACGGUGGGUCUGGGAGUCACCGGAUCCGUCCAGGAGUGGCUGGUCCCCGUCCCCUGGCAUGGUUGGCGUCUCGCCAAGUUUGGGCCUCCGGGGUUGCAAGCGGAAUGAUGCGGCAUCACUGACCUUUGUCCGCAGGUCUGGAAGGUCUGGACCAAGAGGGGGCGGUGUGGGGGCUGCUAGCUUCAUCCUAAUAAUGGAGGUUUGGCCCUAGGGCUCAUAUUAUCAGCCAACACGGCCUCAAGAGGGCACGCUCAAAGCUUCGAUUUCUACCGGUGUCAUGGGACAUGUCUAAGUCAAGAUUCCCGAGGCAUUGAUAGAGGAGGAGAAAGCCAUGCCGGCUUCGAUUUUCAUGACCUAACCAACUAGGGACGGCUUAGCUUAGUCUUUUCCGAGAGGCGAUUGAUGUCUGCCAACUUUUACGAUCUUGGGUAUAUCGGCCUGUAUUGUAGUGUACGUUUGGACCGUGCUUUGGCAUCUGCCGAGUGGUGUGUUGGAACAAAUAAUCAACCACUAAAAAACAUUUGCAAAUGCUGCACAAUUCCUCUCUUUUUUUUCACUUCAGGGGAAGAGAAGUUGCCUCAUGUCUGAAAAUUCUACUCUUCAUUUUGUAUUGCAGAUGUUAAAGCAUUACUCCCUCCGUCUGAAAAUACUUGUCAUCAAAAUGGAUAAAAAGGGAAGAAUCUAGAACUAAAAUAUGUCUAGAUACAUUUCCUUUUAUCCAUUUUGAUGACAAGUAUUUCCGGACGGAGGGAGUAUCUCACAUGGAAACUGAAAAUCAGGUCCCUACUUUUGCAAUCAAGAUGAUGUACAGAUUAAACUGCUAAACAUCGAUGAAAACAUGCUAAACAUCCAUGAAAAACAUGCUAAACAUCCAAAAUAUUAUUGUGAACCGCAAUCAAGAAAAGUUUGGAAAAAAUAAAAUAAAAGCAGGCAGGCAGGCACACUUUAGAAAGGGGAAACAAACUCAACUGCAGCAAUACAUCAUAUUGACAAAUGGGUGAAUAUUGACAUGCAAUAGAAUGCCUAUAUGUUUACAACACAUAGAAGAACAUAAAGCUCUUCCAUGCAUCAAACAAUCUCUCACUCUGUAUAUCUUAAUCCCUAGCUCUUUCUAGCCUACAGCUGCGGCUGUGAGGCCCACAUUCAGCAGGAAUUCACCAUUUCAUCCUGCAAAAUUUGGUAAUAUUCUGUAUCUCACGCAAACAAUUGUGGCCUAGGAAAUGCAUCAAAACUCAACUCUUCCUACUUAAUCAAUCCACUAAAAUGCGAUAUAGGGAAUGGAUGUUCCCGUCACAUAACAUCCUAAUUCCUACUUAAUCAAUCCACUAAAUAUAGUUGUAAUAGAGACCGUCCGAACUACUACCAGCUAAUAUAGGAAAUGCAUCUCAUUACUAGUGCUCUUCCAUGGUACCGGCCUCAUAGAUACCAUCCAAAAGCCUCCUGACAUCUUUCGUCACAUGGCAUUACUGUUUCAAGCAAGACAGAACAGAAGUCAGGAUGGACAUAAAUUAAGCACAUAAAAUCAAAUGGGCACCAAGAUAUAUAAGUGGAUAGUAAAACAAUGGUUAACUAUCAUGUGUCUUGUGCUCGAAACCUAAUAAAAGCUCCAGGAAUCCAUGUUAAAUGCCAUCAUACCAGAAGGUGCGCAUAUCUUACAUUAUACGGUUCAAAGUCCAGUAAUACAAAGCUUUGAUUAUAUAAGUAGAAAUGGCACACGAGUGCAAAUUACCUGCUGUUAACUAGGAUUAUUCACUGGUCCAUAUCAAAGAAAAUAUUAUGUUGUGAUAUAUCUAAAUAAGAAAUCAUGCAUAGGCCCCAGCCUGCCUGCAGAUAGUAUUCGAUCCACUAUUCAUUUAAUAUUCGAUUAUUAGACUCACAUACAUAAUAGCUUGAGCAUAGCAGUCACAGUUCAACGGUAUGAUUGAUUUUGAGAAAUAGGAAGCUAAAGUUUCAGACUGGAUGGGUUUGUGAUGCUAUUUCAGAACAAGUGGUCAACAUGAUAGCAAGGCUAGGCAUCCUUCAGUUCUUAUACAUGAUGUUUUCUACCUUUGUAGGUCCACUUGCAGAUCAGAAAAACAGUGAUACAACAGAGCGAAAGGCCUGCAAACUCACCAAACAAAUUAUUUUUCAGCACCAGCGGAAAUAACCGUAAUGCAACUGCAUAAGGAAGCAUUAAAAAAAGGUAACCAUUCUAGGGAGUCAGCUGUCAUAACCUGACACCUCCUGCUAUCGGCGCUCUGUAGCUAGUCUGAGUUCAUAUAAAUAUUACCAUCUUCGCUAAAAGUAUAACCAACUAGAACCUAUUAUUACAGAUGAAAAUAUAUUACGCAACACGGACUUAUAGACGACCCAUAGCAACACAUAAAUGAUAUUUUCGUUACAGACUGCAGACGAAGUAAGAGCAGCACAGCAUCCUUUCAAAAUCAUCUUAGAGAAAGCAUUUCAAUGAUGUUGAACUGGUUCUCUAAAAUGACGUAUGGAACCAAUCAUAUACCUAACAACAUUCUACAACUACAAUCAUACCAAACUGUGUGACAAAGGAUGCACAUCGCAAUACUAUGUAACCUCAGCCAAGAGAAGAGCACUAUACUGAUCAUCUUAAGGACAGAAAACAAACCUUGUAGGAUCAUCCUUGAGUGCAGGGAAUUUGGGGGGCCAGAACAUCAUAAAAGGAUGGAUAGGAUCAGAAGGUUCAUCUUCUGACCAUAUACGCAGUUUCCUGCACUUGAUAUCCAGAUAGAGCAAGCAUCCACUCAUCAUCAAGAACAUAAACUCAGCAUUGUCCCCCACCUCCCUUAUCCAAAUUGGAGGAUUUUGUUCAUUGUCAAUAAUGCGAUCCGACAUCCUCAAAUUAGCAACCAUGUCAUGCAAACAAAUAGUGUCCACCAAUGACCAGUUGUCCCCCUUGCAGAGCCAGAUGCGAAGCUGAAACUCCUUCAGCUUGAUGAGAUAUACACUAGAAGCAUCAUCGGCCCGUGACAACUUGGUGUUUAAACAGCCAUAGUUCACCCCUUGUGGGAACUUAAUUGCGGAGAAGCUUGUGGCUGACAAAUCCAAUAAAAGAACGCCACUCCAGGCACUCUUGUCUUGGACAAAGAAAUAGAUUUUAUUGUUGACAAGCAUAGGUUUACUGUCAUAUAGCAGAGAAGAGGUUUUAGUGGUGGCCGAGGUUUGCAUACGCCAUACACCAUCUUGCAACACAUAGACACGCACAUUGAAACAUUUUGUGUGCAUGAUAUACUCCAUUGACACAUACAAGUAGAAAAGUGUGUCGCCUUCUUCUUUGGAGAGGACUGCAUAACGAGUGUCGUAAAUGGAGUAAAUAUUGUAAUGCUGCGGGAACGGUGGGACGAUGGACAUGCUUCUCUUAGGGCAUAGUGGACGGUGCACUCGAAGAGUGACUCCUCUUGCUCCUAUGCCUCUGGUGAAGAUGCAGCCAUUCCGGAAAUCCUUGAUCGAUAUAGCGCGAUCUAACGCGCCGCCAUAGAGGGCGUAGCUUGCCACACGGCGGAUGACAUCGGCGAGCUCCGGGGGAUAUGGUGGCGGGAUGGGGAAGAACCAUGCCCCACGAUAGAAGCCAAUGAGGCGAGGAGGGUGCAGCUUACGAAAAUGACAUAGGAAGGCCGGAUCAGAGGCAUGGUGGAGCUAGCGUCUGCACACAAGGGCGGCGCGGACGAGGGUGGUGGGGAAGCUGAGGCGGAGGAGGAUCUCGAUGAGGAGGUCGUCAUUGUUGAGCACCUUCCAUACGGCUGCGUACAACACUCCCGGCGGCUUCCUCUCACCGUUCAUGUUGUGAUGGUAUCUGUGGGUUUGGGAAACAAUGUAGAACAGGGCAUUAGUACCGCCGGCUGAAUUUAGGCAACAGAAUAACCAACGGUUUGCACUAAACAAUGGCUAGUGAAUUUCAAUUAGAUCCAAAAAAAUCGGACUAAAAUACUCUAGGGUUAGCGAAUCUGAUUAAUCAACAAUCGGCAUUCAGCAAUGGCUAGUGAUUCUGAUUUGGUGGUAAAAACACUCCAAGGGUUCGGAAUCUUAUUGCAUCAAACAUGGAUCAUGGGGCUGAUGAGAACACUCCGAGGAACACAAUCAUGGAGGCAUCCAUGAAUCGAUCUGAAAAUAAGUACAUGGAUCCAGCGGGAAACCCUAGCUGCGAAGGAGGAGUACCUCAGUCCAGGUUGGUCCGGCGGGACAUCUCUCCCCGGCCGUCCGCGCCCCUCGCGCCGUCGGAAGGUGUCGCCGUCGAGAGGCGGAGAAGCGAUGGGCACGACACAAGGAGUCGGGUAUUUCCCGAUCUGGGACGCGGACGUUUGGUCUAGGGAAGUGUUUGUGGCCAGGGCGCCGGCCGAACCGUUGCGCCGGUCGCGUGCGCAGCGUAUGAUCCUUCCUUCCUGAUCCACCGGCUCCUGUUGCACCCACGCGCACAUGCUGGUGGGCCCCGACCAGUUUUUCUUUAGCUGCCAGACCGCUUUUUUCCCCUACACUUGUUUCUAUCCCUACCCGUGUCCACUCGUUUCCUCUUGCAAUCGCCAUGGACAGCCGUCGGAGCCCUGACCGGUUGAUAUCGAGCUACAACCUGCGAGUUGUUUUUUAGGGACCGGCGGGAAUUUUUGCUAGGACCGGGUGAUUGCAAGCCAUUUUUUUGCUGCAACCGGUGUUUAUUUUUGUUGCGACCAGCGAGAAUUCUUGUUUUGACCAGUGACCGGCGAGAAUUUUUACUACGACCCGGUGAUGGCCAUUUUUUUUGCUGCAACCAGCAAGAAUUUUUGUUGCGACCAGCGAGAAUUUUUGUUACGACUAGUGACCGGCGAGAAUUUUUGCUACAACCCGGUGAUGGCCAUUUUUUUUGCUGCAACCGGCGUUCAUUUUUGCUGGGACCAGCAAGAAUUUUUGUUGCGACCAACCAGCGAGUUUUUUUGUGGCUGAGAUUUUUUUUGCUAGGAUAGGGGAGAUGAUUUGCUGGGACUAGCAAGACGGAAAGCUGCAACGGGCAAGACGAUUUGUUGGGUCCAGGAGAGGCCAUGCUACAGCGAGCCUUUUUGCAUGAGCAACGACGUCGAGUUGCGACGGUGAUGCAGGGCGGCGGCACCGAGCAGGGCCGGCCUGGGGCAUGGGCGGUGGGGCGGUGUCCCAGGGCCCAGGCGGGAGGGGGGGGCCCAUGAUGUAGUACAUAUACAUACUAAUGCCCGGCAAAAAAAUGGUAAAAAAAAACGAGAUGGGCUAGGGCGCGAGGCCCAUGCGAUCGAUUACGAAGCGUUACGCUAGCGCCAGCGAUCGAUACCGGCUGCUCAUUUUCUUUUCCUUCGUCUGGAGUCUGGACGGUCGGUCUCUAAUCUCUUCGUCCUGCCUGCCGCUCGGCGCUUGGCGCCUUGCCGUCUCGGCCGCCGCUGUGCGUGCCGCAUAGCAGUCCGGUAACCCAAAGUCUGCAACGAGCCAACGAGGUAAUCCAUGAACCAUUCCAUCCGCCAGUUUCUUCAGCCCGUAUAUGUAUCCAUGAUCCAUCCAUGUUCUUGAUGACCUAAUCCAUCCCCCCAGAUCCCAAUUUGACAAUUUCAGUAGUAUGUACGUAUUCAACUAUCCACAUGUAUGUCUAGGGUUCCAAUCAUCCGAUUAUAAAUUCUUAAUUCUUUGUACCCUCUUUUCUUCAUGAUUUUAGGACAUUAUCCUGCCAUGUUGCCUAAGAAGAAGAUGUUGUUGCUGAAAAAAGGAGAAGAGAAAAAGAAAGUAUUAUUGCAUCAAGAAACAUCCAAAGAAACUUUUUUUGAAGCACUGAAGUAUUAUUGUUGUCGAUGGAGUCAGUUGAAUUUGGUUCUUAUUUGAGGGGCCCAUGUCACCGAGUUCACCUAGGGCCUUUCAAAACACAGGGCCGGCCCUGGCACCGAGCUGCAACAGUGGACGGGAUAUUCAUGGGAGCUGGGUUAUCACGAGUCGACGAGCAAAGCAUCGGAGCAUGGCGCUGGCAACUCGUUUCGUGCAUGCGCGGCCGGACGACAGAGUGCUUGCGAGGCGACAACAGCAAGUUGCAACCGCGAUGCAGGGCAGCCAUGGUGAGUUGUGAUGGUGGACACUCGCGGAAGCUGGGCGUCACGAGAAAAGGUACGGCGCAUGGCAACCACUACCCGUUCCAUGCGGGCGGACAAAGUGGGCUCGUUUUGCAUGGGAUUCAGUGGUUUCAGUUUUGCAUGACCCAAACGAGCUAGAUCCCAGCGCAAAAAAAACGAGCUAGAUCCAACGUUUCAGGAUGGACGAAUCCAAUGGAUGCAAGUGGACCGGCGGAGCGACUCGGCCGGUCGACCGGCGCAGAAUAGCGCCCUUUGGUCUAUGGGCAUAUACACCCUAUAUGAUUUUUUUUCUUUCUUUUAGUAAUUGAACAAAAAGUCAAUAAAUUCUGAAAAUAUUUUUGAAAUAAACUUGACCUUCCAUUGUAAUCGUGGAAAAAAUUCAACAAAAGGAAAAUCCCCCAUGCUUGUUUUCAGAAAAGACAAAAAAUUUUGUCCAAAAUACUGUGAAUAGUGACCUAUAAUAGCAAAUAAAUUUGUCUUUUGGGCUGUGAAAUCAACGUUGCAUCUUUUUUUUUGAAAAUUUACAUAUUAGUAUAGUACAAAAGUAAGCCAAGUUUAUUCUAAAAUAUUUCUAAACUGUUUUGACAUUUUGUUUAACUACUAAAAAAAUCCCCAUAUUGGGUGUAUAUACAACCAGGUUCCGAAGUGUAUUUCCCGAUAUGUUCUGUUCUAUGGUCGGGAAAAGAAUAUUGAAAGUUGGAAACCGGAAAAAAAAGACGACGCGCGAAACCAACCUAUGAUUAUCCUAAAAAAAUCAUGUGAUUGAGUUCCAACUUUUCGCUUGUGAACCGCCCCGAACAGGCGAUCGGGAGGAUGCCUCCUUUCUUUGCCAGCGUGGCUGCGGGCCCCUUCGGCAGCCACUCCGGCGGCCCGACGGGCUGAGGACCCCGGCAACUUUGCUCUGGCUACUAGAUAGGAUAUGGUUUGUUUUUCUCGGAGGUGUUGCAUUGGUGGUGGAAUCAACACUGCGUCAGAAUAAAUUGGCUCUGCUUCUUCCCUGGUGAUGCUUCAAUUGGCAUCGCCAGUAAGCAUGUAGCCUCGGCGCUUCGUCGGACUUUGGUUUCAACGAUGUUAGGUUGUUUGUAUCGUUUCUAUGCGUUGUUUUGAUAGUUUUGUCUUGGUUUUCUAUGUGCAUUUCUCAUGUUCAUGUCAAAACAUAUAUUUUUUGUACAUGUUCGAUAUUUUUUAAAUAUGCACUUAUCAUGUUUUAAAACAAAUAUUCUUUAAGGUUAUAUUUUUUGUAUACAUCAAGAACAUUUUUUAUACAUGUUUAACAUUUUAAAUACAUGAUUAGCAUUUUUAAAAACUAUUAUUUCUUUUCAAAUACCUGUUUGAUGUCUACAUUUUUCAUCAACAUUGUACAAUUUUCAUAUUCAAAUGAAACAUUUAUUUGAUAUAUAUUUAGUAUUUUCCAAAUUCAUGAUUAAAACAUUUUUUAUAUGUCACGCUCAUUUUUUUAUAUGCGUCAAACUUUCUAAAAAUGUCGCAAACAAUUAUAUAUAGAUACAUAUAUAUAUAUCACUGGUAGUUAUCACCGUUUGCGUUUUGUAUGUUGUAUGUAAUAUCUGUCAAAAUUGAGAGUAUGUACGUGUAGUAUGUAGUAUAUAACAA